AUGGCGGAGAAUUGUGUUACAUCUGAAGAAAAUCAAAAAAAAUUAACAGAAUUAUUCGAUUCAGGUUUAGAAAUUUAUGAAAGAGUGAUUAAUAGUGAUGAACCUGCAUCUAAUUCAAAAUUACAGUUGGAUGUGCAAAAUUGCAUAAACAUCCUUGAAAAAGCUACACAUUUAAUUAAUGCAGCAGGAGUUUUUAGUUCGAAUGAAACAAUCGAUGAAGUACCUUCUGAAAAUAUCAAAUAUUUAUUGAUACCUGGAAUGUUAGGAAGUUUGGUUUUGAAAGCAUUAUCUCCCGAUCGUAUAAAUACAUUAGAAACUUCAGAAAUUUAUUUUAGAGAUUUUCUUAAAAGAUACAAAGAACUCAAAGAAAUGGAAGAGGAAUUGACAAGAUUAAAGUCUUUGCUUGAUAAAGAUGGUGAUGAUGAAAUAUGUAGAAAUUUUUACUUAACUUACAUAAGAAAAAUUGUUAAUGUUAGUUUAGACGAAUUGAAUUUGAUUCAUCAAGAAAAACCAUUGGCAAAACAUUUAGCCGAAGUUAGAGCUAGAGGUACUUCGUUCAGCGUUCAAGAAAAUAAAGACAAAUAUCCGGUUAAACCGUUUAAACCGAUUAUAAUAACUAGAAAUGAAUUACAAAAAAAAGUUUUCGGAGCUGGUUAUCCUAGUUUACCAACAAUGACUGUCGAUGAAUUUUACAGAGAGAGAGUUGCCGAAGGAAUAUUUCCUGCUCAUGGUUCGAAUCACGGUAAAGUUUUACAAGAAAUGACUGAUCCUGAAGUUGUUAAAGCUCAAGAAGAAACAGAAAAAAUUCAAAAAGAAAAUGAAAUAGAGACUGAUGACCCGACAUAUUUGGAUAAAACAAGAAGAAUGGAUGAAUUUAAAGAUACGCAUAAAAGAGGCUGGGGUAACAGAAUGAAUAAAAGUUAA